AUGUCCGUCCCCUCAAAUUCGACCGAAGUUUGGUUCGGAAAUGACACUUUCAGAAUUCUUCAAAAUAUGGAUCUUGGCAUUAACCUCACGUGCGAAUCUCGCUACCCCAUCCAGUGGGUGGAAACGUACGAUAAGGAAUCGGAUGGGUUGGGAGGGGUGAGACCUGCGAGCCUGGUGAAAGGCUUGUGGAACGAGGUGGUCGAGGGGGCGGAGGACGAAACCUGGUCUUAUCGCACAGUUUUCUCCUCCCAAUUCUCCGGCUCAGUCUGUUCCGUCUCGAACUACACUUGCCAAGCUGUCGACGACCUCUGUCUCCGGACAAAUGUGAUCCUACACCUUGACCAGGCGACGGAUCUUGUCAACAUGCAUCUCACUCAAGGCCCCAAUCGCGACGAUGAGUUACAGAGAAGGACGGAAGUUGGGAAGGAAGACGAAUGCGCUGCCAUUGUUUCCUAUUGGCUCCACCCAAUGAAACCCCACUACGGGUGGAAAUGUGAGAUCGCUUCCUCCGGAAAAAUUAUUACUGAUAGAAAUCAGUUCCUAAUUUGCGACUCCGCCGCACAUUGCAACACAUUCUAUCGCCAUCAGAGAAUGGUGCGCCUAUGCAUAUUUCACCCUAAAUAUUUUGUUGCAGUGCCUAAAAGUAAUGACGCCCUUAAUUCGUUAAAACAGGGGACCAAGUGCCUGAGGAGGGUCGCAGAUUGCUACUACUACUGUGCUUACACUAACGACAACUCGUACAAACCUGGGUUCGUCACGUGUCGAGACCAAGGAAUCCUUCUCGCCCAGCACUACUUCUACUCCGUUCCACAAACCCCCCACGAAACUCCAGAGAUUUAUUUCGACUGGAGCGAGGCUGACCCACAGAAAAUGUUGGUGAUCGAACCAUUAAGCAAUGAGACCUAUCUGAUGGACACGGUCACCGUGUUUUGUCAACUUUCACGCUACUACUUUGCAUAUGGACAUCGCUUUGCAGUUGGCAGUGAGAAUGGCAGUGUUGACUACAAAAUGGCUGUGGACGGGGAAUACGUGGAAGUUUACAACACGAAUCGGAUAAAUCUUACAAUCGAGCUGACAACUCUGGGCGCAGUGGACGUGUACUGCUUAGCUCCGGUGUGGAACAGCACUGAUUGGGUCAACCAGUCCAUUUCAAUUAACGUCCUCCCAGAUCCGGAGCCUCCCAGCUUUGCUUUCACUGAGGACGAAGAAGAGACUUUGGUGUGGUUCACUGGUGACUCCAAUAAGUCGAUAAUAUGUCGAGGUCAGGGGAAACCUUCGCCAGUCGUCCGUUGGAGCGACGUCGUUCCUGGCUCAAAAUAUGUUGAAAAUUCUGUCGACAAAACCACCACUGAAAUAGAAUUUCCAAUUGUGAGCGACGAAGUUGAGGGGGAAUAUGUCUGCGAAGCGGAAAACUUUCUCAAAAUUUCUCGCAAAACUUUUAGAGUGGUCGUUAUCGACCCAUUCAAAUUGGUGGUGAAAACGGUGUCAAUCGUGGCCUCGUGUGUUUUGAUGCUGUGCCUGGUCGUCAUGUUCCUCUGCUGGAAGACGAUUAGAGACCAGCGGAAGCAAAUUCGGCUGCUGAGUGAGGCUGAGAUUAAAGAAUUUCUGGAAGGGAACAUUGAAGCUGUUCAGUCGAAUGACUACUUGGACACCUCCGACUUGAUCCAGUCUCUUCCAUACAAUCCCAAGUUUGAGAUCCCGAAAGAAAUGAUCCACAUCGAUCAAUCGAAAGUGCUGGGAAGUGGGAAUUUUGGACAAGUUUUAAAAGGUUCGAUCCAGUUGUUGGACAGUCAGAAUGGGAGCCGCUCAAUGAAGACAGCGCUCAAGGGGAUGAACUCGAUUGACGUGGCGGUAAAAACGGUGAAGCACAACAUGGAAGUCCUCUACUUCAAAACUCUGCUGUCCGAAGUCAAAAUCAUGGCCUACAUUGGCAGCCAUCCCAAUAUUUGCAGCUUGGUGGGAGCUUGCACGCAAAAUAUUAGGAAACGUGAAAUCUUCAUCGCAGUGGAAUUUUGUACGAAUGGUUCACUUGAGCAUUACUUGAGAAAGCAGAGACCAGUUUUUAUAAAUCUGGUCAAGAAUGACGCCAUUGUACCCCAAGAGCCCAAACAAAGAAAUCCAUACGAGAACGUGGAUGCUGAAUAUGGAGGAGCAGACAUGACAAACAAUAAAUUAACGCCGAUAACCACACAAAAUCUCAUAAAAUGGUCUCGAGAAAUAGCGAACGGGAUGGAAUUCUUGGGAAGCAAAAAAAUUAUUCACGGAGAUCUUGCAACUCGAAAUGUUUUUCUCUCGGAUGAACUAGUAGUUAAAAUUGGUGACUUUGGCCUAUCACGCCAGCUUUUGAAUUACUCGAAUUACAUAAAGAAUCAAGAGGUAAAUGCAUGUGGUCAUCACAAAUGCAAAUUUUGUAGUCAGUAUAGUGUUUGGAUUACUAACCUGGACUGUCAUAUCGCCGACAAGUUUGUGGUCCCUAGGACUUUUUUCACCCUAAACUGUUUUACAAAAGGCUUCAAAAUUCAACUCCCCGCCAAAGAUAUUCAACCGCGAAUUCGUCAAAACCAUGUCCUAACGCCUUUUGUAUGA